AUGACUGUGGCUUUAGCAUCCUCCGCCCUGCGGCGGGCACCUUCACAGCUCUUCACUACAUACCGGCAAUUCUCGUCUUCAGCCAGCAGAGAAGCAUCAUGGGGUUUCAUCGGGUUGGGUGCCAUGGGCUACCCCAUGGCCAAGAAUCUGCGGGCCAAGAUCCCUGAAGGCGAUACCCUGACUGUCUUCGACGUCAACUCCGCCUCACUCGAGCAAUUCGCGCAAGAAGCAACCCCAGCUGGAGUUAUUCUUGCGAAAACCCCUCGCGAAGUCGUGGAAAAUGCUGACAACAUCAUCUCGGCUCUUCCCGAACCUCGCCAUGUCAAAGGCGUCUUCGAGGAGGUUCUCGCCUCGUCCCUGCCCAACGCUCCUGGCCAGAGUUCGCGUCUGUUCGUUGACUGCUCGACCAUAGACCCGUCGACCUCGCGUGAAGUUGCAAAACUAGUGAAAGAAAAGGCGGGAGCCAAGUUUGUCGAUGCACCAAUGUCGGGCGGUGUGGUUGGUGCCAGGGCUGGAACCCUGACCUUCAUGGUUGGGGCAGAAGAGGAAGACGUGCCCAAGAUCCGAGAGAUAUUGCUCUUGAUGGGAAAGAAGGUGUGGCACAUGGGGCCGCAAGGCACUGGUCUGAGUGGCAAGUUGGCCAAUAAUUAUGCCCUGGCAAUCAACAACAUCGCGGCCGCUGAAGCCAUGAACCUGGGCAUAAGAUGGGGCAUCCAAGGAAAAGCAUUGGCCGAUCUCAUCAAUUCGGCCACCGGCCGGAGCUGGCCCAGUGAGAUUAACAACCCUGUCCCAGGGGUCGUCGAGACGGCACCAGCCAGCAGGGAGUACGCAGGAGGGUUUGGGGUCAGUCUUAUGAACAAGGACCUUCGACUUGCCAUAACGGCGGCCCAGGAAGCUGGAGCCAAACUGGUGCUGGCCCAGAAAGCGAAAGAAGUGUACGAUGAGACAGAAAAGGUUCACAAGGGAAAGGACUUUUCCGUGGUGUAUAGAUGGUUAGGCGGUAAGGAAUAG